AUGAGCAGGUUUGUGGACGAGGACGAAGCCGAUGUUCAGACAGCAAGAGAUGUUGCAGGUGUAAUUGGUGAGCGUGAUGCGGUUGAACUGGCCAAGGAACUAGCAGAAGACGAUGCCGAGGCAAAUGAACAUGAAGUAGAAAAGAAACGUCGAAGUUUGCACCAGCAACUGGCAGCGUAUCGAUACAACAGGUACAAGGAGCACAAGAAAAAGAUGGAGACGCAGAAUUCUUCGUACAAGAUGAGAAAGGAUACCCGUCAGUUCUAUGGAAAGCUAGAGGCUGAGAAAGCCGCAAAGAAACAACAAGAGACGCAAGAGUUUGCCAGUGAACUAGAGAGGUUUCGACGUGCCAAAGAGAGAGCCGCUGAUGAUGACAGUUUAUCCACGUCUUCUUCUGAUUCAGAGGCAGGCGGGUUGCAUGAAAAGGAAAAGAAUAACAAGAAGGAAGAUGGGUUGAAUAGAGGUGUCAAUGCUAUUGUUGAAUACAGUGACAGUGAUAAUAGUAGUGAUAAUAGCACCCAAUAA